CUCGAAACAAAACAAACAGAGCAUAAUAGACUCGUGCUUUAAAGUGGAGCAGCGUCAGUCCAAAGCUAUAGCCUAUAGCUGAAAAAACCCACAAACUCUUCAAAUAUUCUAUUUUCUCAACUCUCGCUUUGACAUUCAUCACUCAAUAUUCUCAGUUUAGUGCAAAAUGGAAGGGACGGUGUUUACCCCUGCCCUGGAAGGAAUGAAGAAUGUUAAAUCGGAAGAUGGGGUGAUGCUCACAAAGCCAUUCUUGGAUGUGUGCAAGCUUAUUUUGCCCGUUAUUGACAAGUUUGGAGCUGCUAUGGCACUUGUCAAGACUGAUAUUGGAGGCAAUAUAACAAGGCUUGAGAACAAGUACUUGUCCAAUCCCACUAAAUAUAACCAUUUGUACAGCAUGGUACAAGAAGAAGUUGAUGCCAAGACUGCUAAAGGCUCGUCCAGUUGCACCAAUGGUCUUCUGUGGUUGACAAGGGCAAUGGAUUUCUUGGUGGAGUUAUUUAGGAAUCUAAUUCAUCAUGAAGACUGGGCAAUGUCCCAAGCUUGUGGUGAUUCUUACAGCAAGACUCUGAAACAGUGGCAUGGUUGGCUAGCCAGUUCAAGUUUUACGGUUGCUAUGAAGCUUGCUCCUGAUAGGAAAAAGUUUUUUGAUGUUGUGGCUGGAAGUGGUGACAUUAACCAUGACAUUGAAAAAUUCUGCACUACAUUCUCACCGUUUCUCGAGGAAAACCACAAAUUCUUGGCUAGUGUUGGCAUGGAUGCUCUCAAGGCUUAGUAGAUGAUGAUUGAAGACGAAAUUCACAUCCUCAAAUGAUAUUACCCGGUGUACUCUUAUUAACUAUGCAUCAGUAUACCUUGCUAAUAAUUUCGAAUACAAAACAUGGUCUUGUGCUUGACAUAUACUUUUGCACUGGGAACAUAUAUAGGAAUAUACCUGGUACUUUUACUAGUGAAGUUAAAGGCAUGCAUUAAAAACAAAGUGGUUCCAAAAGAAGCAAGAUUCAAGUUUGAAGAUACACGACACCACAUUAUUCAAAUGUAGUCUCGUGUAUCAAUUAACGCUUAUGUUUUCUUAUAAAGAUGCUGGAAAUUACCCUUCCUGUUGUUUCUUUUCAACCUUAAUACUGCUGAAAACAUCAAAAGCAGAUUGGAAAUAUCAAAACCACCAUUUAGUGAGUGAUGAUGUGAAGUUUUUAUGUCAACUAACUUUCAGCUGGAUGAUGGAAGAUGAAUUUUUGUGCUUUAUGUCUCUUAUGGAUUGUUGAGUGGAAUGUAGACAUGAUGCUUCUUUUCAGGCUGCGUAUAUAAUAUUGUUAAAUAUAAGUAUGACAUUUUUAUAGUUUAAGUAUGCAAUUUUGUUAGAUAUAUACGAAAGGUGGAGUUGCCUAAAGAUUCGUUUGCCUAAUACAAGAAUUUGAGAAAAACUAAUAAGAAUUUAUGAAAUAUUAAAGUGAUAGAACACUUCUUGUCAAUAUUAUUCUCACAAGAAUCUGUGAAAAAUUAAAGUGAUGGAACACUUCUUUUCAAUCAAACAAGCAAAGGGAUAUGCCCCGCGGCAGAAUACGAGCCAUCUUUUUCUCUUUU